UUACUGCUGCUGUGUGUUGCAUUCAUGGUCACUCUGGAACAGGAAACAGCAGCAUAGUAAUUAUAUGAUUAUAUCACCACAGUUCGUUAAACUGCUCUAACCGACGGCUCUCAUGGCCUUAAGAAUAGCGUUUGGGGCGAACUGGUCACCAGGGUGGGGCAUACUGGUUUGUUGUUGCUCUGCCUGUGUCCCGUGACAAUCCUCUGUGACGAGACGAGAAAUGCUGAAUCAAUAGCCCGGAGCAUGACAGACAGUCACACCAGUCUGAAACUCAUUUCCCGAUCCGAGAUAGUUGUGUCUCUCAGCUUUCACCCAGACACUGCUACUUGCGUUUUGUACGGAGCUUUGUCUGCGUACAGCUAGUAAGGGUCGACAAAAGGCAACGCAUUGAUUGUGACAGAUGGGCUUUUGUGUGAAAUCUACGACUCACCACCAACAUGACCUCCAGCGUCACACGUAGAGUAGUGCGUACGGGUGGGAGUUGUCUGCUGAAACGCAUUGUUGUGUUGGGGGAUGAGCCGUCCGUGCUGCUCGCGCUGCUGAGUGCUCCUGGUCGGCUGUGGCUAGCCAGCGACUCUAGCCUAUGAAUGGUCCACAAAGCAGAUAACCGUGUGUUCUCUGUUGAAUCCAAAACCGAAACUUCACGGGCACCAAGCUGGCCUGUUUCUUAUUUUACUAGUAGCUGAACAGAGCCCAGUAUCGCCCGUUGGAUGAGAACACUGUGUACGGAAUUAGAGCCACUUAGCAGGCCAUAUCGCCAUUGCUUUGUACGGCUGCUGGGUAGCUACCGUCUUCCUCAACUAGCAAAACUGUGCGUGAACCCGAGCAACACGGAGCGCCAAGAUGAAAAAGAAAGCUCGGCAGCACCGUGUUGCGGUGCAGCAGAGGCCGCCCUCUCCUAUCAAGCCUUCCCCCAACAAGCAGAUCCUGACUUACGCCCAGGCACAGCGCAUGGUAGAGUUCGAUGUCGAUGGCCGCCUCCAUCGAAUCAGCAUAUACGACAGGCUGGACGUGGUCUCGGAUGAUGACCCCCUGAUGCAGGAGAUGAUGGAGUGCACCAGCAAUAAGGAGAAUACUGAGAAACCACAGCAGCAGGUCCUCCUGAGGUCCGUCAGGCUAAAAAACAACCAGGAGAAGAGAAACGCUGCGCUGGGCAUCACCAGUCAUGGAGAGGGAAGUGGACAUCAGGCUGCUGGUAAUCCCGGUCCAAAACUUCAAGAACCUAAAUUUCGUACAGUGGAGUAUAACCUUCCAGCAGUUCCCAAACGCUCAUUUGCCUUUUACAAAUACACGGAGAAAACGGAGGAAGAGCUGGACGAGGAAACUGAGUAUGACAUGGAUGAGGAAGAUUAUGCCUGGCUGGAAUUGGUGAACGAAAAGCGGAGAAGUGAAGGGGUCAGUCAGGUCUCUCACAACGUCUUUGAGUUCCUUAUUGACCGCUUUGAGAAGGAGUUGCACCUGGAGAGUCUGGAUCAAAGUAGCGAAAAGCAAGCUCCCAUCGAUGAGGACGCCGCCUGCUGCAUCUGCAUGGACGGAGAGUGUCACAACAGCAACGCCAUCCUGUUUUGUGACAUGUGUAAUGUGGCCGUUCACCAGGAAUGUUACGGUGUGCCCUACAUUCCUGAGGGCCAGUGGCUAUGCAGACACUGCCUCCAGUCACCCAACCAGCCUGCAGACUGCAUCCUUUGUCCCAACAAGGGUGGGGCAGUGAAAAAGACAGACGAUGACCGCUGGGGUCACGUGGUGUGCGCCCUCUGGGUCCCCGAGGUCGGCUUCUCCAACACCACCUUUAUCGAACCAAUCGAUGGUGUCAGCCACAUUCCUCCAGCCCGCUGGAAGCUCACCUGCUACCUCUGCAAGGAGAAAGGCGUGGGGGCGUGCAUCCAGUGCCACAAGGCCAACUGUUACACCGCCUUCCACGUCAGCUGCGCCCAAAAGGCUGGCCUCCAUAUGAAGAUGGAGCCAAUCAAAGAGGUAACGGACACCGGGGAACCCACGUUCUCUGUGAAAAAGACGGCCUACUGUGGAGCUCACACACCUAACGGGUGUGUGAGGAGGCCUGUUGCAAUAUACGAUGAUGCCAAACCCAAAAAUGGACUAUGUAAAAAAGUGGACAAAGGAAGAGGUAAAGGACAGUCAAAAGGAAAGAAGAAGAGUAAGAGUAAGAAACCUGAACCUGAACCAGAACCUGAAAGUGAAGCUGCGACCCCUGCUACUGUGCCUACGUUUCCUUCUCACAGGUUACAAACCAUUCUGAACCAGGUGUCAGUCCAGAAGAAGAAAGCAUUUGUGGAGCUGGUCCUAAAUUACUGGACACUGAAGAGGCAAUCCAGGAACGGGCUUCCCCUCAUCAGACGGCUUCAGACAAGCAUACAGUCUCAGAAGCAUGCACAACCGAGGCAGAGCGAGGAGGAGAGCAGGGCAUUGAAGGAACAGCUGAAGGAGUGGCAUCGUCUCCGACACGACCUGGAGAGAGCCCGGCUGCUGCUGGAGCUAAUUCGCAAGAGGGAGAAGCUCAAGAGGGAGGAGAUUAAACUGCAGGAGGCCCUCCUGGAGAUACAGUUGAGUCCCUUCAGUAUUUUGCUCCGAGCUCUCUUGGACCAGCUCCAGACGAAAGACCAGGCCAAGAUCUUCACCCAGCCGGUUGAUGUCAAUGAGGUGCCUGACUACCUCGACCACAUCAAGCACCCGAUGGACUUCUCCACCAUGCGGCAGCGCAUUGACGCACAGGCCUACAACAACUUUGAGCAGUUUGAGAGUGACUUCAACCUCAUUGUUGAUAACUGCAUGAAAUAUAACUCAAAGGACACCUAUUUCUACCGGGCUGCCGUUCGCCUCCGAGACCAGGGCGGGUCCCUGCUCAGGAAGGCCCGGCGAGACGUGGAGAAAAUCGGCUUCGACUCGGAAAGCGGCAUGCAUCUGGCCGAAGCUCCUGAAAUCAAAACACCAGCAUCCUUUUCUUGGGAGGACGUGGACCGCCUACUAGUGCCAGCCAAUCGGGGGCAUCUGUCUCUGGACAAGCAGCUGCAGCAGCUACUGGAGAAGUUCGACCUGACCUGCGCCAUGAAGUCCAGCCCCUCCCGCAGCAAGCGCAUGAAGCUGCUCAAAAAGACCAUCAACGACGUGCGCAACGAAAUGAGCCUAAAGAGAGUCCUACCCUCCCACCACCACCAUCACCACCACUCUUCCUCCUCCACAGCUCCCUCAACUUCAUCUUCAGCAGCUGCCUCCCAACCAGAGAUUAGUCAAGCUAAAGAAGAGAGUUUGAAGCCCAAUGGACAUUUUCCAGAUGAUGAGGGAGACAAGUCUCUUCCUCCCAAACUGGAGCCCUCAGACUCCAUUCCCCCUCUCAUCCACUCAGACGCAGACUCCGAGCCCCCCACCCUCAAACCAAUUGACGCCGCCCCUGACUGUGAAGACAAGCACCCCAGCAAGCGUGUCAAGUUCGACGGCGACAUACCAGACCUGCUCUCCUCCGCUCCGCGCCUCAACGGCCACUCCCACGACAGCCUCCAGAGCUCACUGCUGGACGGGGACGUGAGCGUGGUGGCCACGUCGACCCUUGCGGAGCCCACGGGCACAGUUAACCGCCGGACGGCCGUGCUCUUCCGCAAGUCGAAGGCCGCCAGCCCGCGCAAGCCCCCGAGGAGCGGAGACGAGGGGGCAGAAGGAGCUGACAGAAAAGAGAGCAAGGCGGAGGAGGAUGAAGACGGCGCGCAGCUGGGCUCCAAAUCCUUCCUGUCGGUGGUCAUUCCCAGGCUGGAGACGCUGCUUCACAGCAAGAAGAGGAAGCACAGCGGCAGCAGAGACAGCGAGGAGGAGGGGGGAGGAGAGGGGGAGCAUGAAGAGGAGGGAGAGUCCCCUGUGAAACGACUUGACACUGGCUUGUCGAGCGGUUUUCUGGAGGAGGAAGAGGAGAAGGAGCUAGAAGACUCUAGUAGAGCCAGUAGACCUGUGGAGCCACGAAGACGCUGUGCCUCUGAGUCCUCCAUCUCCUCAUGUAGCAGUCUGCCAGGAAGCACCAGCACAAUUCUCAGUCUUCCAAAAUGUGGGAAAGGGAAACCCGCCUUGGUCCGGAGAAACACUGUGGACGAUAAGAGCGAAUUAAUCGCCUGCAUCGAAACCGGGAAUUUUGCAAAAGCUGCACGGAUUGCUGCAGAGGUUGGCAACAGCAAUAUUUGGAUGCCCGCUAGUGCUGCAACAGUUGCAUUGGAACCCCUAAAGCUAGUUUGGGCCAAAUGUAGUGGAUACCCUUCCUACCCUGCCUUGAUCAUCGACCCCCACAUGCCGCGCGUGGGCUGCCAGCACAACGGGGUGUCCAUCCCCAUGCCCCCCAUGGACGUGCUCCGCAUUGGAGAACAGAUGCAGUACAAAGCCGAAGAGAAACUCUACCUCGUCCUCUUCUUCGACAACAAGCGCAGCUGGCAGUGGCUUCCUAGAUCCAAGAUGGUUCCUCUGGGAAUGGACAAGACCAUAGACAAAAUCAAAAUGAUGGAGGGGCGCACAUCCAGCAUUCGUAAGGCUGUCCAGAUCGCCUUCAGCCGUGCCAUGAACCACCUGAGCAUAGUGCAGGACGAGCCAGUCAGCGACCUCAGUGACGUGGACUGAUGACACUCGCUGACUUUCUCUCUCCUCACUCACAAACUUGUACCUCUCCUGUACCAAAUACCUUCCUCUGCCCCCCACCUCCAACACUCUCUCUGUCUCUGCAGGAGACUCAAAUGUUUACCGGGCACCUGCUGUAACAGGUGGUGUCUCUUCCUCAUCCAUUCCUACUCGCACACACUCCUACCACGUGCCGAUGGGAUACGGCUGCUGCUGAAAUGAAUGUGUCUAUCUAUCUAUCCUCUCCACCUCCAGGCUUGUAACUGUGCUUAGAGACUGCUCUUUAUGUCCUCCCUCCGUCACUCACUCCACCAAUCAUGACUGUCGUUUUCAUUCAUCAUUUCAAGGUAAAAACGUUAGUGAUUGAUUUCAUACAUUUUGGUAUCCUUACCAAAGGUGUCAUAGCGUCAGGACUUUGUAGUAAAACAAGAAAUAAAUACAGAUGUUACCUCUUAUCUGUAGUGCUAUUUAUCAGUCUAGAUUGUUUCGUUGUGAGUUGUCGAGUGUUGAAGGUAUCAGCUGUAGAGAUGUCUGCCUACUCUGCAGUAUAACAGGACCCGUGUUGCGCAAGUUACUCUUAAGUAAUAAUAUCACGUCACUUAUUACUCCCUGACAACAGUAAUUCCUGACACUACUCGUUAUAAUACUUUUCCGUUACGCCCCAUAAAAUUGGUAAUUGCGUAUCUCCCCAAAAUUGUACCUUGGUGUGAUUGUCAGGGUAAUUGCCGUUAAGUGUAGCUAAGGCUAGAUAGCUUCUACUUUACCUAGGGGGCUUCUGUUGCCUGUGACCGGUAUUUUCCUGAGGCUCUGCACGAAGGACGGAGAGCAACAUUUCAUCCACCACAAGCUUCAUUACUUCUUUCUAGCUACAGCUGUCCACGAGUAAAAUCCAGUUGUUGUUUAGCCAGAGCAGGACUACAGCCAACCGUCACGUUGUUGUGUUCUCGGUUGCAGUAGCUAAGGUGUUACAGAUCGGAGGUUUGAGGACGUGUUUUUCGCAGUGGAAAGAGUUUUAGUCAAACUACCUCGACACUACGACUACUUCCUUACUGCCCAACACUGAACAGAACUAAAUGGCACUCUGCGUUUGGUCCUCAAAAAGCGGCAAAAAUAAAUUUGAAAAUCUCAGCAGCAAAGUCUCUUUCCAGAAAUCAUGACCCAGUUGCUCAAGAUAAUCCACUGAACUUGUUGUGAGCAGUUUCAUGUAGGAACUAUUUUCUUUCUACCAAACUGCGCAGAAGGAAGUGUGCAUCUACUCGUGAAUGAGAUGUUGACAUUUAUGGCAGAAGGAAGUGUGCAUCUACUCGUGAAUGAGAUGUUGACAUUUAUGGCAGAAGGAAGUGUGCUGUAGAUGCACGCCUCGGUUAGCUGAUGUAAUUUGGUAGAAAGAAAACAGUUCCUACAUUACCUUGAGUAUCCAGGUCCUAAUUUCUGGCAAGAGACAUUAGGUGUUUCAGGACCAGAGGAACUUUUUCAUUCUUCAAAGAACCCCCCUUUUUGUAGUGUCGGUAUCACAAGAAUUAGGAAUGAUCGUAGUUUUUGAAACACCGCUUUGAGGGACUUUUUUAGCUCUUAGAGUAGGUGCUUUAGGAACCAUGAUCAACGUGAGUGGACAGGUAUUGGUCCAGACGACAUAGGUGUACAUUGAUUGGUUGAACACAUCCAAUGCAGCACUGGCAACCGCCAUUUUUUUAAAAGCCCAUUAGCCCAUUAUUAGUGCAAACAACAGAUAACACAGAAUACAAACAACCGUUGGUAAUGGCAAAAUUAAUGGAAGAAAAUACGCAAAUGGACAAACACCUAAGUUACUGAGCAUAUAUGUAACAAUAGAAAUACAAUCUAGAUUGAUAAGUAGCACUAUGGGUAAGAGGAAACAUGUAUUUUUUAUUUUGGGGUGAACUGCCACCUCAACACUGACUGUUAAAUUUUGGCUGUAGCUAACCAGUCCUUUAUUUUGGCAGGUAGCUGAUCAUCAUUUCUGUUACACGUUAUUAAAAAAAGAAGUAUCUAGUAGUUGUUGAAUUAACUGAUGUGGACAAAAACCAACAUUUCUUGCCCCGUGUGAAGGCUUUUCAGUUGUAACCAAAGCUUACGUUAUGUUAAGGUCACAUUUGCAUCCUGGUCCUCUCCAUUUGAAAAUACCUUCCUUUGUAUUUAAACUGUAAAUAAUCUGUACAGCUGCCUGACACUAACUUAUUUUGUAGUUUUGACAUCAAUGGGUACUGUACAGGAGUUUUCUUAGUAUUUAUACUUGAUGCAUUCUCGGCACUAACAUGUGAGUGCUAUUUUGACAGUGCUGUAUGAACAAGAAGAAUAAAAAAAGGUGCAAAAGCCUUAGUAUUAAUGAGAUUAGGGCUAAAAAUGUCAUCUUUCUGAAAAGUAUGAAAGUAUUCCCUUUUUUUUAAGUUAUUGAAGUUUAUAAUCAUAAGCUUCCAUUUGGCAUUAAUCCUUUUUGUAUUAAAAAUAGUUUUAGUAUAUUUUUGUUCAUAUAUAUUUAUAUGAUUUGAAUACACGGUUAUCCAGUAUGUAAGUCUCUGAAGCUCAUACAGGCAGUCUGAUGUUGUGGACCCAGAACGUAUAUUGUUCUCAAGAAACCAAAAAUGUUGCUACCCAGAAGUUUUUUGCCGAUUCAUUUUUUUCUGUGUGACGUGUGAAAUUGUUGCCAAAAAAGAAAACAAAAAAAGAAAAAAAAGUAAAGUGUAUUUUUAUGUGAUACAUCUGACUGUUACUUGGUUUUGCUGUAGUCGUAGGGAGACGUGCCUGCGGUAACUUAUUGUAAAGUAUUUGCAUUACUUUAUAUCCAAGGAAAGACGUGCAAACUGAUUGUGGUAAAGUGGCACAUUUUGUGGUGGAAACUUGCCUUCUUUUUAAGUAACCUUUUUCUAACUUUUUUUGUAGUUGUAGACUUCAAGACAUUUCAUUUUAUACUAUUGCCUAUUUUUUUUCUGGGUAGCAUUGGGUAGUUUUGGUAUAUUUCAUUUUGUACUUAACUGUAGUAGUUUUUUUAAUCAGGUCAUAUGAAAUAUUGCUGGGACUGUUUUUUUUCUAGCAAAAAAAUAAAAGAUACAAAUAUGAA